AUGGUUGCCACAUCAAUAUCCAAGCUGAUCGUCAUGUACUUUGUGGUUGGAGGAUUUGUUGUGUGCAAUCUUCUUUCCAUUCAAUGCAAUGCCAAUGCAGAAGUAGAUGCACUGAUAGAUGUGAAGAAUCAGUUACAAGACCCACGAAAUGUUUUAUCGAGCUGGGAUCCAAGCCUCGCAGAUCCAUGUACAUGGCUUCAUAUCACCUGUGACAACAACAAUCAUGUAACUAGGGUGGAUUUGGCAUUCAAGGGCCUUUCUGGUCCACUCUCACCACGGAUCGGUGAUCUUCCAAACUUACAAUACCUGCAAUUAUUCCGCAACUCGUUGACUGGAAGUUUGCCACCUAGUUUGGGGAAAUUAAAAAAUCUGAUUGGCCUUAAUCUUUCUGACAACAAGUUUAGUGGAAAAAUACCCACAUCACUUGUCCAGCUCUCCAACCUCCGUUUUCUAUAUCUCUAUAACAACCAACUCAGUGGCCCUGUUCCAACGGGAGGAUCGCUCUCAAGAUUUGGAUAUGAUAGGAGGCUUUCGGGAGCAGAUCGAUAUCGAUACCCAGCUACAGAAGCAGCAGCGGUGGAAGUAGUUUAUCCAGUUCCAGGGCCAGUUAUAGAGGCAGCGCCGAGAGAAUACCUUCCAUUUCUAGAGCCAUCAGUCGCUAGGGUUGCCACGGUGAAUUAG